AUUCGUUUCACAUUUCUCCCCCUGGCUUGCACUGCCGAAGAGUGGAUGUUGACGAAAUUGUUUUAAGGCUCUAUAUUUAACGUUUAAGAGAAACACUCAUUUUACGUUAUUUCGUGAAAACGUUAUAUCAUCUGAAGACAGUUAUGAAUAGAUGAAUGGGCCAGUCGGUGUUAGUUCGUGAACAUAUGCUAGCUAGUGAGGUCGCUAAACAUGUCAAGCAUUCUUUAUAGCCUAUUAAUAUUGUACUUAACUUGUCAGUUCGUCUGCUUGUCGGAAAUAAUUCGUACAUCAAACACGUCUGUAAAUAAUAGCUCACCAUAGCCAGGACAGUUAGAGCAUGUUUUGUAAUAGCUUUAAUCGCAAUGUUUUUUUGUUUUUAUUUAACCUUUAUUUCACCAAAUCAGUUAAGAACAAAUUAUUAUUUACAAUGACGGCCUAAUUUACCCCGGCCGAACCCAGACGAUGCUGGACCAAUUGUCUGCCGAAAAUCUCCCCGAACUGGUCGGAAGACGUCUUCUGCUCCUGUCAUCCCGUGCUGUCGUCUCCUCAUUCAAUAGAGGAGAUGCCUACAGGAUAUGUGGGUCUCCGGCUGUCCCUGUGCAGGUGCGGUAUGCGUCAGAACGACCUAGUCGUAAAGGCUUUUUCGGGGAGUUUGUGGAGAACCUGAGGCAGGAGUUUGGUAAGGACAAGGAGAUGAAGGAGAACAUCAAGAAGUUCAGAGAGGAGGCCAAGAGGCUAGAAGAGUCGGAUGCCCUGCAACAGGCUCGGAGGAAAUUUAAAACCAUUGAGUCUGAAACCGUUAAGACCUCUGAGGUGUUCAAGAAGACCUUUGGAACUCUGUCUGAAACUGUGAAGGAGGGCCUUGAGGAGGUGACCCGUACAGACCUGGGGAAGAAAAUCAAGGAGGGGUUGGAGGAGGCAGCCAAGACUGCCAGGCACUCGGUUGAGUCUGUGUCCAAGGGGGGAGAGAAGCUGGGAGUGACCAGCGCCUUCAGGGCCAUCUCACAGGGGAUGGAGUCAGUGAAGAGAGAGAUUGAUGUGGUGGACGAUGGUACUUACAGGGCUCCUUCUCAACUCAGGAAGAGGAGGGAAUUCUCCAAGGGAGGGGAGAGCGACAACCGAGUGUUUGAGGCCAAUGAAGAGGACAUGGGUGUUGUGCUGCACAAGGAUUCUAAGUGGUACACACAGUGGAAGGACUUUAAAGACAACAACAUGGUUUUCAACAGGUUCUUUGAGAUGAAAAUGAAGUAUGACGAGAGUGACAACGCCCUUGUCAGAGCAUCUCGAGCCGUGACCGACAGAGUCACCGAUCUACUAGGUGGUCUCUUCUCUACCACGGAGAUGUCUCAGGUGCUGACAGAGAUCUUAAAGGCAGAUCCCAGCUUCGACAAGGACUCCUUUCUCAAACAGUGUGAGAAGGACAUCAUCCCCAACAUCCUAGAGGCUAUGAUCCGCGGGGAGCUCGAGAUGCUGAAAGACUGGUGCUAUGAAGCGACAUACAGUCAGCUGGCCCACCCCAUCCAGCAGGCCAGGGCCCUGGGUCUAAUGUUCCAGUCCAAGGUCCUAGAUAUUGACAACGUAGAUUUACUCUUUCAUCUCUGUCUCUCAGUUGGCGAUGGGGAAGCUCAUGGAUCAAGGCCCCGUGUUGAUCAUCACCUUCCAGGCCCAGGUGGUCAUGGUGAUUCGUAGUCCCAAGGGAGACCUGGUGGAAGGAGAUCCGGAGAAGGUGUUGAGGAUGAUGUACGUGUGGGCUCUGUGUCGGGACCAGGAGGAGCUCAACCCCGACGCGGCCUGGAGACUACUGGACAUGUCUGCCUCCAGCACCGAGCAGGCUCUUUGAGAGAUGAGGGACCCGACAAAGGGACGCUCCCGGGACACACACACACAUCCAGGAUCUACACACACAAGCCAGUGUACACCGCAACAUCACACACAUCCAGGAGCCACACUGUAUGUCAAGAGGAUGUGGCGGCAUGUCACUUUCCAGAUGCGUACUAGAGUGGUGUGUUUGGUUAGUCCUCAUGGCGCAGAUGGGAUCUUCUACUGGUGUGUGUGUGUGGUCUUAGGAACAAAAUAGAGUGUGUGCGGACACGAAGUGAAAGGACAGUUUGUUUUCAGUUGUGCACCGGGGCCUCCCACUCUUUCUAUUCUGGUUAGAGCAAGUUUGCUUUCUGUGAAGGUUUGCUUUCUGUAGUACACAGCUUUGUACGAGAUGUUCAGUUUCUUGGCUAUUUCUUGCAUGGAAUAGCUUUCAUUUCUAAGAACAAGAAUAGACUGAUGAGUUUCAGAAGAAAGUUCUUUGUUUCUGGCCAU